AUGCUCAGAAAGCGAUGCAAAGAUGAACAAGAGAGCAACGCCUUUUCCUUUAACGUAUACCUAUGCGUUAAUGUCUACAAAAUGACACUGCUUCCGAAGAUAUGCGACGGCACGGGGACGCACGACUGGCACUGGUGUCUCCGACGAGGAUGUGCUGUGACUUUGUGUUAUCCGUGCUUCCGCAAUCAUACGAUCUAGCAUCUGUGACGAUUCCGUAUGCUCUGGUUUUGGAUGAAGCGAUCUUGAUUGAGAAGGAAGCUGCCGCUCACACCAUGGCGUGAUCGUGGAUUCGAGAAUUACGCAGCCCCAGUAGACUUCACGCGAGCACUCAUGUAUGCGUGCUAGUGGAAGUAGAACUUUUUUCAUGUUGUCGUUCUUCAUCUUAUCUUUAACACUACAAGCUUCCACAUUUACAUAAACGAUUCAGAGUAGAAGUCGGUGGGCACCACUGGAGCAACACGUUGAUUAUCUCCGGUUGCCGUUAAGUGCUGUGUCCCUGAGGUGACAAAAACUGACAUUUUAGAACACUUGGAAAAGUAAAAGUAAAG